AUGGGGCUUCUAAAGCCUUCGACUAUCAUCCAGUUUCUCAUUCUUUUUUCUCUCCUCCAUAUUCCAGCUCUUGCUGCAAAACAACCUUAUAUAGUGUACCUGGGCUCACAUGCACAUGGACCUAAGAUCACAGAAGCUGAUCUUGAUCGUGUGGCUGAUUCUCAUUAUGAACUACUUAGUUCCUUUCUUGGAAGCAAAGAGAAGGCUAAAGAGUCAAUCUUUCUCUCGUAUAAGAGAAAUAUCAAUGGUUUUGCGGCCUUUCUUGAGGAGGAAGAGGCUGCCCAAAUCGCUAAGCACCCGGGAGUUGUAUCGGUGUUCCUAAACCAAGGAAGGAAAUUACACACCACGCAUUCAUGGAAUUUCAUGAUGCUUGAAGAUCAGAAGGGUUUCCCUAUUCGUAAUUCUAUUUGGAGGAAGGCCAAGUUUGGAAAAGACACAAUCAUUGCUAAUCUUGAUACCG